UGUGCCGCCGCUGCGGCUACGGCUAUAUAACCCGCCGAGCUGCGAGGCCAAUGCACCGCACCGCAACGGGGACUCGAGCCAGAAGCAGCUUCUUCUUCUUCUUCCUCGGGAAUAGCUUAGCUAGCUGCUGAUAGGAGCCGUUAUGGGGAGCAAGGGAGCAGCGCUCGCGCUGCUGCUCUGCCUGAGCAGCGCGGCCGUGGGCGCGUGGGCUCGCCCGGUCGCCACCACCAGGGACGCCGCCGGGGACGAGAAGUUCCUCUGGCUCAAGAAGCACUUGGGCAAGGGCCUUGGCGGUGGGAUCGGGAAGGGCGGCUAUGGCGGAGGAGGAGGUGGAGGCGGCGGGUACGGUGGAGGAGCCGGCGGCGGCUACGGCGGUGGCGCUGGGAUGGGCGGCGGCGAAGGCCACGGCAUCGGCGGCGGGUUUGGAAAAGGUGGCGGGCUCGGCGGCGGUGCUGGGCUUGGGCACGGCGUCGGCGGCGGGUUCGGCAAGGGCGGCGGCCUUGGUGGAGGGUUCGGCAAGGGCGGAGGGCUCGGCCAUGGCAUCGGCGGCGGGUACGGCAAGGGCGGUGGCCUUGGAGAAGGGAUCGGCCACGACAUCGGUGGCGGCGUUGGCAGCGGCAUCGGUGGCGGCUACGGGAAGGGCGGCGGUCUUGGUGGAGGGUUCGGCAAGGGCGGUGGCCUUGGAGAAGGGAUCGGCCACGGCAUCGGUGGCGGCGUUGGCAGCGGCAUCGGUGGCGGCUACGGGAAGGGCGGCGGCCUUGGUGGAGGGUUCGGCAAGGGCGGCGGGCUCGGCGAAGGGAUCGGCCAUGGCAUCGGCGGCGGCGUUGGCAGCGGCAUCGGCGCGGGCUACGGAAAGGGCGGCGGUCUUGGUGGUGGGUACGGCAAGGGCGGCGGGCUCGGAGGAGGAAUCGGCCAUGGCAUCGGUGGAGGCUACGGCAAGGGAGGCGGCCUUGGCAGCGGGAUCGGCCACGGCGUUGGCGGCGGCUUUGGCAAGGGCGGCGGGAUCGGCGGCGGCUUCGGCAAGGGCGGCGGGAUCGGCCAUGGGGUCGGCGGCGGCUUCGGCAAGGGCGGCGGUCUUGGCGGUGGAGGCGGCUACGGCGGUGGUGCCGGCAGCGGCGGCGGCGGCGGCGGCAAGGCCUUCGGGUUUGGGUUUGGCAACGGCGCCGGCUUCGGCGGUGGAGGCGGCGGCGGCGGCGGCGGCAUUGGCGGUCACCACUGAGAGAGAUACUACGCCGGCACGCGUUCUCCGUAGUUCCAUCACUUAAGCUCUACAUACCUCAGAGCAUGCAGAUCGUGCUUUUGCAGUGGUGAGACUUUGCACUUCUGGGUUGGUCUCGUUGUGUGUCCUGUCUGCCCUCCGGUUUGUUGGAGGGAUUUGUUCGUGCUUGCUUUGUACUCCUACUUUGAUUGUAUCUUUUUUGUUAUUAAUUCCGGUGAUGGUAGUGAUGGUGAUGGUGAUGCCAGUCACAAUAUGUACGUACGUAUACAUGAUCCAUGCAUGUAAGGCUCACUGAAUGAUUCGAGAAAUAUAAAUGAAGCCAUGCUUUGGUUGAA